AUGGGCCUCGAGGAGGACUUCCAGGCAGCGGCUGCGGAGAUCAAGCCGGUCCACGGCGUGUCGUGGGAGGAGAUGCUUGAGAUGUACGGUCUCUACAAGCAGGCCACCAUCGGGGACAACAACACCUCCAAGCCGGGCAUCCUGGAUCCUAAGGGCCGGAAGAAGUGGGACGCAUGGGAGAGCAAGAAGGGCUUGAGCAAGGAGGAGGCCAUGACCAAGUACAUCGAGUGA